AUGGCUGAAAUAGUUGACAAAGUUGCAAAGUUGGUUGUUGGAAGCAAAGACGAAGCUAAAGACGAAGCUUCUAAGUCAGGGGCUGAACAAGUUAUCACACCAUGGGACGUAGAAGGUGCUGUCGUUGACGGUCAAGCACAAGCUAUCGAUUAUGAAAAAUUGAUUUCUCAAUUCGGUACUAGAGCCAUUACCCCAGAAUUUUUGGUUAGAUUCAAGCAAGUAACUGGUCACGAACCUCAUCCAUUCUUGAAAAGAGGAGUUUUCUUCUCAGAAAGAGAUUUAGGUAGAAUCUUGGACUUGUAUGAACAGGGUAAACCUUUCUUCCUCUAUACAGGAAGGGGAGCCUCAUCUGGUUCCAUGCAUUUGGGUCAUAUGGUCCCAUUCAGAUUUACCAAAUGGUUGCAAGAUGUGUUUGACGUACCAUUGGUCAUUGAAUUGACUGAUGAUGAAAAGUUCUUGUUCAAGCCAAAGUUAACCAUUGAAGACGUUAAGAAAUUUACAUUUGAAAACGUUAAGGACAUUAUUGCAGUUGGUUUCAACCCAGAGAAUACCUUCAUCUUUUCUGAUUUAGAAUACAUGGGAGGUGCAUUCUACGAAAACGUGGUUAGAACUUCAAGACAGAUUACCACAACCACCGCAAAGAAGGUGUUUGGUUUCACCGAUAUGGAUUGUAUUGGUAAGAUACAUUUUGCAAGUAUUCAAAUUUCUGCUGCAUUCCCAUCUUCAUUCCCCGAUGUCUUAGGAUUACCAGCCAAGACUCCAUGUUUGAUUCCAUGUGCCAUUGAUCAAGAUCCAUACUUUAGAGUCUGUAGAGAUGUCGCUGACAAGUUGAAGUACUCCAAACCUUCUUUGAUUCAUGCCAAGUUCUUCCCAGCCUUGCAAGGUUCUACCACCAAGAUGUCUGGAUCUGACUCUAACUCAGCCAUUUUCAUGGACGAUACUGCCAAGUUGAUUGAAAAGAAGAUUAAUAGAUUCGCCUUUUCUGGAGGAAGACAGACCAUGGAGGAACACAGAGAAUUGGGUGGUAACCCAGAAGUCGAUGUUGCCUUCCAGUACAUGUCUUUUUUCACCGAUGAUGAUGAAAAAUUGAACAAGUGGGAAGCAGGUUACAGAUCUGGUGAAAUUUUGUCAGGUGAAAUGAAGAAGGAAUGUAUUGGUGUGUUACAACAAGUGGUUGGAGAAUUCCAAGCCAAUAGAGAUAAGGUCACUACUGAAAUUGUUAAGUCCUUCACUACUCCGCACAUGCUUGUUGGAGGAAAGAAAGAAAGAUUGGUUGCAGUUAAGCCAAAGGAAGCCAAAUAA